AAGGCAUGAAACCAGCUUUGAGAUCAGAAAAGGAAAAGGGACAAAGACGUAUGAGCAGCAUGGACAAGGUUUUCCUCAUUCUGAUUCUUGUGGGAGGAUUCUGGAAGACUGAAGCUAUGUCUGUAGAAGGAGAGCUGGGGGGAGACGUCACAAUUCAAUGCUCUCACACUUAUGCAUAUGGCAACGUCAAAUAUUUCUGCAAGGCGUCUUGUAAGGAUGAAGACGUCGUAAUAACAAGCAGCAAAAUCAGUAGAGGCAAAUACAGUAUCAAAGAUGAAGGAAACACGUUCUACGUGACCAUCUCUCGUCUGACAGAGGGCGACGCAGGGAAAUACUGGUGUGGAAUAGAGAGAGCUGUUAAGGACACGUUCAAAGAAGUCGUCCUCACAGUCGUAAAGGGAAAAACACAGGACCCUGAAGAUGACUUUUCACAAUCAACUAUAGGUGAAGCAUUUACUACAAAUGCAGCACUUCCUGCAUUUACUACAAAUGCAGCACGUCCUGCAUUUACUACAACUGUCACACCCAACAUUUCUGACACCGUGCUGUACGCUACUGUUGGGAGCGUCGCCACGCUCAGUGUGUCACUGCUGCUGGUAACGAGGUUCAGGAAACGCAGAGACGACGUCAGUGCAGAGGAAGGAGAGUUAGACAGUGAGAACGAUGACAUUGCAAAAGAAGUGCGGUCGAUGAUAAGAUUAUCUGAGAAGAACUCUGGUGCUCACCGCCCAAACCAGGAUCCUUCAACCUCUGUGUACACAGAGGUUGAAUACAGCGCACCACCUCAUAUCAGUGAAACCAUCUGCUGCUCCAGAGGUGCUACAGAGUCAAGACAUUCAGCUGCAAAUGUCCUCAGCACCACUUCAGAGAUCUGCAGCAUAUGUAUACCAGCCAUGAUAUCAGAAAGAGCAGGAGAUGGCUGUCUCAGAAAACACACAGAUGCACCUGCAGCACUGAGGAAUGCUCUGAUCAAAGCGACAGACAGCUGUUUGAGCACUGUGUCAGUUGUUUACUACAGAACCUGCAGUGAUUCCACUGAAUCUAGGCCCCGCUCUCUUUGGUUUGGCUUGGAUUUGUCUGAAUAGCCUGAGUUCAUCUCAGAGUUUUGAGUUUUGUGUGUUGUUAUGGAGUUUUUAUGCGGCUGAACUGCACGACUCACUCUGCUUCUACACAUGUAAAACUACAUGGUCUGUGUGUUGUGUUGAUGGUAUGUAAUAUGGCUUAACUCACUUUUUUUGCUCACUGCUUAGUUUGUUGUGUUGUUAUUUUCUGUAUCAUGCUCUUCAUAUGUAUGUGAUGCCAUCUGUGCAUGAAAUAAAUGUAAUGAAUUCAUCAAUUACAAAAAUACAAUAAACUAUAAUUGAGCCUGCGUUUUUGGCUGAUACGUA